AUGCGCGGUGCGAAGGAAGCAACCGUAGAAUUCACCACCACCACCACCACCCCAGUGACGCUGGAGAGGCAGCAGCAGAAGCGACGGGACCAUGGUGACACUCUGAAGGCGCUUCGCCGCAAGACGCGCGCGGUCACGAUGGCGCCGCGGCUGCUGGGCACGCGUGUGAAGCACCUGCUGCGCGAUGAGUUCUACAUUGACGUUGGGCUCCGCAACGCACCGUCGGUGGUGACAAAAGAGAUCGUGAGCCUCGAGCUGCUCGCGGCAUACCACUGCUGGCUGCGUGGCGUGCAGGCGCUGCUCGCGGUUAUUGUGUUCGUGCUCUCCCUGAUGCGAAGCGACACCAUCGUGGACUGGACGAUACUCGGCAUCUCGGAGGCGGCGGUGCUGAUCAUCCUCAAGGUGUACGCCAUCAAGGCGGAGUACACCAGUCUCACAAACGUCAUGUAUGAGCGUCGUCGCAACAUCUUCACCUCCCCGUUUCUCGGACGCAUGUUGCUGGAGGUGGUGGUGUGGAAUAUACAGACCCCACCGGUGAUUCUCUUCUGGCGGCCGUUCUUCGAGCUGUUAAAUUACUUCAUGUUUAUCCGACUCUACGCGGUGGUGGUGUACAUCCACAACGCGGCGUACGUGCGUCGCUCCUUCUGCCGCGCCAUGGCGGCGGUGGUGGCGCUGCCACUGAACAUCGGCUUCACGGUUCGCACCGCUUUGGUGUACCGCAGUGCGAAGACCGCGUGCCUCACGACGCUGUUGUCGUGGCUUGCGAUAUCGUGCAUGUACACUAAGGCGGAGGGCGUGCCGCUGCGCGACGGCUGCUGGUACGCGUUUCAGACGAUCAGUACGAUUGGCUACGGCGACAUUACACCGGUCACAACGGCAGGGCGGCUCGUGACGGUGCUUGCGUGGGUCGUCAGCUUCAUACUCAUUGCCUACCUUGUGGUCGUGUCGUCCGCCGCCCUGGCAGACGACGCGAACGAGCACAAUAUGUACAUGCUAAUGCGCUGCCACAAGCUCUCGAACAUGGUGCGGCACGAGUCCGCGCGUGUGAUUCAAACCGCCUGGCGUUUCCGCCGUGCCAAUCGGAGGUCACCAGUGGCGCCUGCAACGAUGAAGCAGCGAGCCAAGGCGCUCUUCUACUCGUGGUCCCUCACGGGUUCCAUCACAAAACUGCGCCGUGUGCGGCAGGACUGGGUAGACGCGACGCAGCGGUUCCGUGCGAGCAGCAUUAACCCCGCCACGGGGCUCUCGGAGUACCAGCAUUACGAGCAGCUGCGUCACGCCCAACGUGCGGCACGACAAGCGCAGCGGCAGAUUGAUGUGGAUAUAUUUGUAGAGAAACUCGUUAGGGGACGCGACAGGGAGCCGACGCGGGAAGAGGUGGAGCGUGCCAUCUUCGAUGCUAAUCCGGACAUCGACUCGUUCAAGUUUGCAAGCGACGUGGUAGCGGGGGUGUCACCUCUUUUUGGCCCCGCUGCUGUUAGUGUUCCGCCUCCUCCGGCUGAUGUCGAUACCGAAGGUCUCUUGAAGAGGGUGGAGGACUUGGAAAAUGUCUGCAGUCGCCUCUCAGCUAUGAUAGAAUCCCUCUCCGCGACAGCGGUGACGAACCCUCCCAGUCUCGCCCAGUCGUAUUGGUGA